CAGAACGUCGCCGCGUCCGUUUAGCGCGCCUGAGCAUUAUAAUACGACCUUUGCGUAGAAAACCUCGAUUUCACCGGCAAACUGAUUGCGUGCCAUAAGUGGAUUAAAUAUUUCAUCAGACAGUGAGUUGGAAGUGCUUGGCGGUGGAUUUUAAUACAAAAUCCAUUAUUAGGAAACACAGCAUAUAUUAAUUGUGUAGAAACGUUGACAUGGCAGCAAAAACAACAACGAAAUCUCGGGAAAGUUGGCAACUUAGCAAAGCAUACCUCGUGGCCUACAAUGGUACGCAGAUUGUUGGCUGGACAUAUAUGCUUUUGCAUACGUUGGGUUAUUUCCUAAACCGUGGGACCCUCGAUAACUUCUGGAAGGAGAUCAGCUGGAACCUGGUGAUUUUUCAAAAUGCUGCAGCGUUAGAAGUUCUACAUGCGAUAUUGCGGAUUGUACCCACCGGUAUCUUCUUGACACUCGCGCAAGUGACAUCUAGAGUGUUCCUUGUGUGCGGCGUGCUACUUGUGUCAGAUGCAGCAACAAUAAGCCCUGGCAUAGUGUUGUGUGUGCUUGCGUGGUCAGUCACCGAAAUAAUCCGAUACGGAUAUUAUGUAGCCAACGCGAUCGGCCAAACGCCAUCGCUGCUGAUGUUACUACGAUACUCGACAUUUUUCCUGCUGUAUCCACUUGGAGUUACUGGAGAGAUUCUGUGCAUAUAUGACUCCCUGAAGGACAUUGCUGCCCGUCAGUUUUGGACAGUGCCAGUACUGUCAAACUACGUUACUGUCGCGAGCCAGUACCACAUAAUCUUUAGCAUGUUAUACCAUUAUUUCCUUAUUUGUUGGAUGUUGCUGUAUAUACCUAUGUUCCCGGUGUUAUUUGGACAUAUGAUGCAACAGAGAAAGAAGGUAUUAUCCAAAUUUAUGAAAUCAUAUUGAAAAGAAUCGAGCUGCGUGGAAAAUAAUGUAUAUAGAUCAU